AUUGAAACCAACCCUAAGCUCCUUCUAUCUCUGCUCUAAAGGUCAAUCCGGAGUGCAGAUGCGGACUGAAAAGGAACUUCUAGUUUGGUGCAAUUACAUUGGUGCCGUCUGUGGGAAUUCGAACUGAAAGCUUUCUUGUUUCUCUUUCAUCAUGGUUAACACUCGAUCAGUCCGAGCUGGCAAUUCAUCUCUGCCUCUUGGGCAAGGUCAACUCCCCAACAACCUCCCACCUCAGCUCCCACCUCAGCUUCCACCUCACAUCCCAAAUAUACGUAAUGACAACUCAACUUGCUGUCAUGCAACAACAGUUUUCCAGUUGGUACUAGCUCAGCUUUUAGCUAGAAACAAUCUUGUUGAUCCCCUCAUUAAUUUACUGAACCCUGCUCCACAACCCCCAGCUCCACAACAGAAUCCUCAACCAAUUCAGCAUGCUCUUGCUCUUAGUGAAUCUCAAGGUCAAUCUCACAUAGCACCAGCUCAGCAACCCCUUCCUGAUGAUGUCACUAGACGUCUAGACAGCCUAGAAAAAUCUUUCCCUCUACUUUUCGAGAAGGUUGAUCAGAAAACUACUUCUGAGCUGAUGCGAGUCAAACAGAGGGACGGAGAAUCUCUGAAGAAUUACAUGAGCAGGUUUAAUGAUGCAGUAUUGGAGGUUAGUUCCUUCGACCAAGCUGUAGGGAUUGCAGCUGUGAUCCCUGGUCUUAACCAUGACAGGUUUAGAGACAGUUUGAUCAAACAUCCUGCCACCACCUUUAGCGAGGUGAAUGAUAGGUCUUUGAAAUUUAUAACUGCUGAGGAAUAUGCCCUAGUGCAGAACCCAACUCCCUCUAAGAACCAAAACCCAGAAUGGAGAGAUGACAAUCCGAGCAAGAAAAGGAUGAGGAUGGCACAGAAUCGAGGUCCGAUGUCGACCUCCACACCGAGAUUCGAAAAGUCGAACUCAACACCCCCGCAACAAUCUACAGAGCAGUGCAACAGUUUAAGGUCCGAGCUAGAAUGCCUAGCUCAGAAGGGAAUGCUGAAUGAGUCAGAGAGCUGAACAAUCGAGAUUUGUCACAGAAUAGAGGCCACAGCCUCAAGGAAUCUGAUGAGCUAAAUUUAGAUACAUAUUAAUAAGAAAUUUUUACUUUGAUAUUAUUGAUAUUUUGAUGAGUUUUAUGGGAUUUUGUUUGAUUUUACAUGGUUUUCAUUCUUUGUGUAGGAAAGGAUUUAAUUGGAAGAAAUCAUACUUUUCAGA